AUGGACACGAACGAUAAUUCAGGAUCCUCUGGUCAAUACUCAGAGACCCAUGGUGCCGCACACAAUGGGCCCGAUGCCUGCGAGGAAGAUAUGAAUGUCGACAAGACACAUCCUCCUCAAGGAGACGGGUUGGGUGGCAAUGGAACCAACCAUGAUGAUGACAUGAACACAGACAAUUGUCUGCCACAGUCUUCCACUUCGCCUCUGCCUUUACCACCUGCUGGAAGUGAGUUGAGGCUUCUGCAUGAACUGACUGUUCAACAUUUUGGAAAGUACUUGAACCACCGGUCUGUCGAUCAGUACCAAGCUGCCAUCAGCACCCAUUACUCGUCCGAUUAUGCAGCCAUCAUUAAGGAGCACGUCAAUGCCUUGAGGGCUCAGAGUGACGCCAACAACCUGCCAGGCAGCGGUGCAGCCUCUUUACAGACCUUCCUUCAGAGGUGUGAUGCAGUCCAGAAGAUGGUGGAAGGGCAGCAAACAAACCAAGGAAACGACAACCCCUGGGAUCAGGUUCCUGCGCCAAUGAUGCUUUGCACUCAGGGGGUUGACUCCAAAGGUCAGAGUGAUAUGCUAGCUCUUCAGGGGGUUGACUUCAAAGUCACUCCUACUGCAUAUUCAGUGCGUCUUGUGCCGUCCACGGACUACUUGAAGUCCCAUCACUUCCUGGAUGCAUUGGGCGUUUGCAUGCACACUGCACUCAAAAUUCUCAUCUGCUACUCGUGCAGUGUGGCGUUGACCUCCGAGAUGGUCGCUGGUCACAGGAAAAAUCAUCACCCAUCAUACAAGGCACAUUCAUCACUUCCUGUUGUUCUCUAUUUUUCAAUAAACAUCCUGCAUCACCAGGUGCCUUCAUCAGAUAUGCAAGCUUUGUUGAAACUUUGCUCUGAGUUGAAACUGCAUGUGAAACAGGAGGAUGUCAAGCCACCAGUCCCUGAAGGACCUCCCAUCCAGCUCAUCGUGGACCCAGUUGAAGGUCUGGCGUGUACAGCAUCAGCUGAAAGCACAUAUUGCACAAGAGAUGCGGAGACCAUGAGAAAACACAGCAGGGAGAAUCAUGGCACCAGCGGGUUGACGGAGAUCCAGCACUGGCCUUGCCUGAUCCAGCGUUUAUUCACCAGCAUAGGGAAGUCAUACUUUGAGAUCGGCAACAGUGUCCUCCUGGGCAUCAAACCUGACUUGAAAGAUGCCCUUAAGGCUGUGUUCUUACCUGCAUUUGAUGUCCCAUUGGUUGUUCCAGCUGAUACUGAACGGAGCGGACUCCCCUCAUUCGAUGCAUGGAGACACACAGCGGAGGAAAUCAAGAAAAAGCAUUCACCAGAGGAGCAUGGCGGCGUUCUCACCCAGCUCACUGUAGCCAUCCAAGACCACAUGGGGAAAGCAUCCACCAUCUUGGAUGGUCACCCUCACAGGUUGAGCCUGUCAAAAAUCCUGUUGUUUGGGGAUGCCAUACCCUGA